CCGAGCGCGUCUACGACAGUCGCGCUACGAUCGUAGCACGCUACACUCGUAGCGGCAACAUACGCUACGAUAAACAAAAAUAGCGGUUAAGUGUUUAAAAAAGUCGUUUAGUGUUUUGUGUACCACGUGACUUUUUGAUUUCCGGUGGCAGCAAUCAUGUCCCUGGUUCCGCCGGGAGGCGGGGACUCCCCGAGCCCGAGGCGUGCCGUCAGUCCACUGUUGGAAUCUCGACGGCCACAUUGUACUUUAGCGUGCGAUUACUGCGCCGCCAUAUUGGAAGACAAAUUUAGACGUAAUGCUGACAUGCGUAACCGCGGUACGUCUCCCUUAUCAGUGUCACCGCGCCAGUCCCUUACGGGUGAACCACCUUGGACCCUCCCAGAUGACGACCGACCGGAUUUCUCAGCUUUGAAGGAAAAUAUACACAGAAUCAACAAGGACUGCGAGACAUCGACACGCUUGGAUAUGCUUUUGACACAAGUGGAACAAUAUGCAAAUAAUUUGGAGGCUUUGGUGGAAGAAAGAACGUCCGAUUAUUUGGAGGAAAAGCGAAAAUGCGAGGAGUUACUGUACCAGUUGUUGCCAAAAUCCGUAGCUUCUCAACUUAUAAUGGGUCAACCGGUUAUGGCGGAGACGUACGAUCAAGUGACAAUCUACUUCAGCGAUAUCAUCGGAUUUACGCAGUUAUCAGCUGAAUCUACACCUCUCGAAGUUGUGGAUCUGCUAAACGAUUUGUACACCAGCUUCGAUUCGAUAAUUGAAAAUUUUGAUGUAUAUAAAGUGGAGACAAUCGGUGAUGCAUAUAUGGUAGUAUCUGGACUUCCAAUGCGUAACGGUAAUCGUCAUGCGGCUGAGAUCGCGAGUAUGUCAUUAGCAUUACUUCGGGCAGUCAGAGUUAAGACUGUUCCACAUCGGCCUGGAGAAAAAUUACUUCUGAGAAUUGGGAUGCAUUCAGGUCCCUGCGUAGCUGGUGUUGUGGGUUUGAAAAUGCCACGAUAUUGUUUAUUUGGAGAUACUGUUAACACGGCAUCUCGGAUGGAAUCUCACGGGGAAGCACUUAGAAUUCAUGUCAGUCCUAAAACAAAGGAAGUUCUUGACUUGUAUGAUUGCUUCGAUUUGGAAUGUCGAGGAGAAAUUACAAUGAAGGGAAAGGGUAAAAUGACAACAUAUUGGUUAAUUGGUGAAAGGUCAGCUUCUUUCAUAAGCAACACCUACGAACAAACCAAAUACAAUGAAAAUACAAUCACUAAUAACCCCAGCAUCACUUUUCAAGGCCCAGACAGCCCUGCAUCACACUCACUCACGCACAGUCAAAGCCCGGAAAGGAAUGGAACAAAAGAAAACACAACUAGGCCGACGGAAAUAUUAACAGAGAGAGAUCGCAUCAAACAUGAGAUAGCAACAUUCGUUGCCAAAGAUCUGAUAAACAACAUAGACAAUGCUGUGCGAGAAUUUAGAUUGUCUCAAAGCGCUACUUUGGCUUCGGCGCAAAAUAUUAACAAGCCCAUAUGUAAUGGUAAUGAGAAAGGCCUAAUCACUCCGACGUACGAUAAAGGGCUUGUUAUCAACAAAGGGAAAGUAAGAGAUGUGGUGAACAGAUUCAAUAAUACGAUCAAUACAACAAACGAAGUUAAAAAUACCAAACAGAAGAGUAUAAAAAGUGAAGACUGAAAUGGUAAACGAUGAAAUUAUUUGCGUUAAUUUCUUUUAAUCUCUGGAAAGAGUUCGAAUUUUCUGAUUAUUUAUUUAUAUAUAUUUACAGUAGAAAUUAAUCAAAAUAGUAAUUUAUUAUUGUAGUGCAAAGCACCUAAAUGACUCGAUGGUCUAGUCAAUAAUUAAAACUUGUAAUAUGUACAUUAUCUAACUAUAAAACUAUUAGUAGUAGUCUUCAUUGUGUGGGUGAUCUAAUACCUACUCCGAAUUUUAGUAUAAGAAAUAUAAUAACACAAAUUAUUCUAGAUGUUAUAAAAUAUACACUUAUUUAAAAUUAUAUUUCUACAAUAGAAUAAGAUGACGCAAAAGCGAAUAAACAGAAAGCCGUAGUGAGAAUUAUGUGUUAAUAUAAAUUUAAUCAGAUUAUAAAUGUACUUUGUAAUAUUAGAUCCUGUAGUGUUUUUACUGACCUUUUAUACUUCCGUACUUUUAAAUCCAGUGUUUACUUAAACUAGUAACACUCAUAACAUACAUUUAAUAUUCCAUGAAAUCAAACUAAAACCUUUUAAAUGUGUAGAAUUUGUCUUUACGUUAGUGUCUUCAUCGCUUCUAAUAGAAGGUAUGUAUAUAAAUUAUAAUGACAUUUUAUCAGCUUUAAGCGUUAACCUUCUUUUAGAACAUGACUUAUUUUUAAUGUAUAGUAAAUUAAAUUAGACAAUGAAGCGAAAGUCAUAGCAACAUACUCGUUAGUACGUAUUAGAUACUAAAAGUAUUGGGUAAAGUAACUUAUUUGCUUUAAAUCUCAGCUUUACCGUAUAGUAUAAUAAUAUUGUAUCUAUUUAUAGUCUAUUCCAAUCAAAGAAUGAAGAUAAAUAAAACUUAGAUUUACGUAUUUCAUGUGAUUUGCUAAUAGCUCAGCC